UUUUCCACCGGUCUACCGCGCCGCGAGACCACCACACCACCAAUUUCUGUGUCUCUCCCUGUCACCGUUCUCUCUUGUCUUCCUCCCUUCUCCUUUGUCUUUAAAGCCCGAGCACCCCCUCUCCAGCCCCGUCUCCGCCUCCUCUCUCCCUCUCUACACUCCAACCCACCACCGCCCCGCGACCGGUCCUCGGCCUCGCCGUACUCUCCACUCGCUCCACCCUGCGGCGCGCUGCUCCGUGUUCUUCCCUCCCGCAAACCGUCGGUGAAUCUCGCCGCUCCUACCGUCCGGUUCAGAUUCUCGCUACCGGUCGGGGGCGUCUGUUUCUCGUCCGGGAGGCCGGAGGGCUCCUCGUGGCCGGAGCCUGGGGGAGGAGCCGCCAGCGCGGCGUGCAUGGAGGCUAAGAUGGAGUCUGAAUCACUCGAUUUUGAAGACAAUGGAGACCACCAACCUUCAUCAGAAGCUUCUCUUGCUUCAGAUGUGGUAUAUGAUGACUCGCUUGUAUGUCCAUGCAUUGGAAGUGAGCACCAGGCAGAAAUCCCCAAUCUUGCUACAGAGGAUGAGUGCCGUAAGCUCAUGGCCAGUUCACAUAAUGAUUCCAUAUUCCAUGGCUAUGGUUACCCUGUUGUGGUUGGGUUAGCUUUACCAAUUACGUGGGCAUCACCAAGCGAAGUUGAUAAGACGGAAGAGGUACUACAAACGCAAAAAUGUUCAGAAUUUGGAACAAAAGGCAGCACUGGAGAUGUGCACAGUCAGGUGACCUCAACUUGUGCAACUAGCAAUGACACUGGCAUAUGUGCUGCAACAUUCCAGUAUCCACAUACAGUAGUGCCUGUAGUUCAAAUUAAAUCUGACAGUAAUCAAGCAUACGAUGAAAAAAUGGUCCCUUGCCCCACUCAAGAAGGACAGAAUGUUACCAAUAAUUCAAUAAUGCAGCAGAGAGAAACCAAACAAUUAAGUCCUCUACCUUAUUCACCCGUUGCUCUUUGGAGUGAUCUUGAGGCAGAGGUAUUUCUCCUUGGGCUCUACAUUUUUGGCAAGAAUCUCAACCUGCUGAGCAGGUUUCUGGGUACAAAGACUGUUGGUGAUGUGCUUGCAUACUACUAUGGGAAGUUCUACAGAAGAGAUACAUACAAAAGAUGGUCGGACUGUAGAAAGGCAAAAACUAGGAAAUGCAUUCUUGGGGAACGCAUUUUUCAAGGAUGGCGACAGCAGGAGCUAAUUUCACGUCUGAAAUCUAAAAUCCCUAAAGAAGCUCAUGAUUCGUUAAUUGAGGUUUUCAAAUCUUUCAGUGAUAGCCAAACAUCUUUGAAUGAAUUUGUCUUCAGUCUGAAAUCCACUGUCGGAGCAGAAACUUUUGUGGAGGUGGUUGGGGUUGGUAAAGGGAAGCACGAUUUGACUGGAUUCGUUACGGACCAAUCUAAACCUAAUCAUGCUCUCUCUGUUCAUAGUGACUUGCCUACAGGUAAAGACUGUUCUUCACUUGCUUCAGAAGAUAUAAUCAAGUUCUUAAAUGGCGAUUUCAGAAGAAGUAAGACUAGAUCAAAUGAUAUUUUCUGGGAAGCUGUAUGGCCCCGUUUGCUUGCAAAAGGGUGGCACUCAGAGCAGCCCAAGGAUGUUAGCACAACUAAGAGUUGCCUUGUAUUUCUUGUGCCGGGUAUAAAGAAGUUCUCGAGAAGUAAACUCACCAAAGGUACUCAUUAUUUUGAUUCUGUCAGUGAUGUCCUUAAAAGAGUGGCAGCAGAUCCUGUUCUUCUUGAGUUAAAGGUAGAUGCGAUAAACAAUGGUUUAACUGCUGAGGAAAAUGGCAGUAUCACAGAUGUGAAACUGAACCAGGAUAGUCCGUUAGAUGGAUAUCAGGAGCUUCCUAAGUUCACAAUAAUCGAUACUAGCUUAGUCGAAGGGGAAGAGCCAUUCAAUAUACGGGAACUGAGAAACUUACCUGCAGAUGCAAAUAUUACUUUUCUCCUUUCACAACAUUCAUCUAAUAUGGUGAGUUACAGCUCCUCUGAAGAGGAAGCUGCCAAUGAUAGAUUAUCAGAUGACCAGGAAGAUUGUGGACGAGUUAAAGCUGAGGCCAAGGAAAUUGAAAUGGUUUCAGCUGGUUCAUUGCAAAACAUGGUUACUGCUAAUGGCCACUCUUCUAAUGUCAAUGAUAAAAUUGAUCUGACAGGCAUCUAUGGCAUCAAAACAAAACCUGAAAGGCGCAAGUAUUUGUCCCCAGUGUCAAAGCGCAGAAGAUUAAAUAGCUGUAGUAAUGAACAGGCCAGCCGGCGCAGUUUUUCUUUCUCAAAAGGUGGUGGUUUUGAGAAACAGAAAAGCAAGCCACCGUUGAUUUCAUCCAAACCAGCUGCUGUUGAAGUUGGCGACACUUUUCAGAGUAAAACAAUUUCAAGCUGUUCUACAAAGGAGAAGCCAUCUGAGCACACAGCAGAUGCAUUGAACUCCCUUAUCGAUGAUGAGCAAAAUGCGAGAAUGGUUAUGGAGGUUGAAGCAGUGGCUGAAGUUCACUCAAAGGUCAUUGCCGUUCAGCCAAAAUUUGUCAAAGAAAGAGCUGAGUUUAUUGGUCCAGUUGAUUUGAAUAAGCUGGAAACGCUACAUGAUGAUAAGGCAAGUCGAAGCAUUGACACCACAUCAUUGGGAAAUCUUGGUAGCAUGAAGGUUGAUGAAGCUCCCUCCAGUUCAGACAAGAACAUGGCCUGUGAUCCUUCAGGGGCAGCAGGAAGACCUGUUAGCGAGGCACCUGAUCCUGCUUUGCAGGUGAAUGCUCGGAGGCACGGAACCAGAAACAGGCCUCCCACCGCAAAAGCUUUAGAAGCUGUCGCUUUUGGACUUCUUGGAAGCGGGAAGCGGAAGGGUGACCUGAAAAACAGGGCGACAAGCCGGCCUUCUCAGCGAGCUCGCAAAUCUGCCAAAGACUUGGUUCCCGUGGCUUCUAGUGGUGACGCAAAGGCGUCCUGCAUAGAUGCAGAAGAACAGCGAUGAGCAGAUUUCUGUGGUGACAUAUGCUGACAAUCAACGGCACCAUGACAAUGUGCGGAUGAUGAAUAUCAAGCAACUACAUGAGGCCUGGAGCUAAGCUGUCCAAAGCUGGUGGUUACCUUACCAUUGUCUAAUGCCUACCAUUCAGGAGGUCCUGAAGGUGACAAUGGUUUUACAGGGUGCAUGGUCACCGUUCGUGCGGAGGAACCCAUCCUUAGUUUUUUUAGUCAACAGUCUUGUGUCUGUCAAGGCUUGCAAAACCAACUUGUACCGGAGAGAGGGAGGGAAAUCGCCAAAUUGGCGAAUUAAGUUAUGCGAUACCGGGAUUAAUGUUUUUGUACAUUGGUCUAUCGACUUUCCAUGGGUGAAUUCAUCUAUGAGCUUCUUUUGCAGGGAAAGAAGGCAUUCGUCAGCUUCAUAAACCACAACUAACAUUGAUGGUAUCUGCGGUCUUGCAUGGCUUCUUCUUUCCCAUGCAUUCCUUUUUUUCUGGUGAAGGAAAAAAGUAUUUCUUAGAGUUGAUUUGAUGAUCAGAAAAUUAAAGGGGAUCUAUAGGAAAAAUCUCUUUUAUAUUUAAUUUUGAAUAGGAAGAAGAUUCGUUCCCAUUGAUCCCCUCUAAUUUUCUAGUCACCAAACAAGUCCUUGUGAGUUUAUGAUGUCCGCUAUUGUGGGAGCGCAUAGGGGCUGGUCGGGGUCUUGCCCACGAUCGAGCAAAAGGAAAGAAUUGUUUUCUUAA